AUGAAUGUAGGACCCAGCGAGGUACGAUUCUCUAGGUGGGGCAACGCUAAUGCCGAGCGGUUCGAGCAGCGUCGCCGGAGCCAAGAGGAGCUCGAGGCGGAGAUCCGUCGCGACCGCCGUUUCGACGGCGCCACUAAGAUCGUCCAUACGCACGAUUCCGUCGCCGCAGCCUCUGAGCCUAAAACGUCACCGUUUAGGUCCAGGGGCACUCCUUCACUUCCCUCCGCUCGAUCGAUUCCGGGUCGGAGAUCCAAAUACUCCAAACCCGAUUCAGGACCCAGCAAGCCGAAGAACAAACCCAAGGUACCCGAUUCGCCACCGCAGUUAGACGCAAAGGCGGAGGUUAAGCUAAGCGAAGACGGGUUAUCUUACGUCAUCGACGGAGCUCCUUUCGAAUUCAAAUACAGCUACACGGAGACACCUAAGGUCAAGCCGCUGAAGCUUCGUGAGCCUGCGUACGCGCCUUUCGGACCCACGACGAUGGGAAGGCCGUGGACUGGUCGUGCUCCGCUUCCUCAGUCGCAGAAGGCGCCGAGGGAAUUCGAUUCUUUUCGACUGCCGCCGGCGGGAAAGAAAGGAGUGAAACCUAUUCAGAAACCGGGUCCAUUCCGACCCGGGGUUGGUCCUAGGGGAGCCAUUGACGAAGGAAGAGAUCAGAGAGCUGGUUACUUCUUGCUUAAAGACAACAAGGCAAUUGAAUAUGGAAUGAGAGUAGAAGAAGAUGUGAUCAAAAGCAGAGAUGGCUUGACGCAUAACAUGUUGAACAACAUACAUGAUCUAUGGAAGCGACGAAGGGUCUGUAAGAUCAAAUGCAAGGGAGUUUGUACAGUCGACAUGGAUAAUGUUUGCGAGCAAUUAGAGGAGAAAAUUGGUGGAAAAGUGAUAUACAGAAGAGGAGGUGUGAUUUUCCUUUUCCGUGGUAGAAACUAUAACCACAGGACGAGACCGCGCUUCCCUCUUAUGCUGUGGAAGCCUGUAGCACCUGUUUACCCAAGGCUGAUUCAACACGUGCCCGAAGGUUUAACUCAUCAGGAAGCCACCGAGAUGCGGAGGAAAGGACGAGAGCUCAAGCCCAUAUGCAAGCUAGGCAAGAACGGUGUGUAUUGUGACCUUGUCAAAAAUGUGAAAGAAGCAUUCGAAGUUUGUGAAUUGGUUCGGAUCGAUUGUCAAGGGAUGAAGGGCAGUGAUUUUAGGAAAAUCGGUGCCAAACUCAAGGAUCUUGUUCCGUGCGUGCUCAUAUCUUUUGAAAACGAGCAGAUUCUUAUGUGGAGAGGACGAGAAUGGAAAUCGUUUCUCACAACUCCAGAUAAAAAAGAUGAUAUACUCGGAGAUAUCGAUGUCGAUACUGCCUCGCCGGAAGAUGAUGAUGAAACAUCGAUGUCACCAGAUCAGACUCAGAUUGCUGCUACACAGAACUCUCUUCCAGGUUCUAUGGAGAUGCAAGAAGGCCCAGACGGUGAUGAUCUGAUCCCAUCAGCUGUAGAUAUCUUGGCAAUGGAAGGCAGAAACAAUAAUAGUUUACAGAGCUCGUCGAAAGAAGACGCAACUGCAGAUAACUACUCUCUUGGAGAUCAUCAAGAACCUGAACAAGAUCCAGAAACAUCGGAAGAGAUCAACAAACAAAGCAUAGAGAGAGUUUUGAAUCUGAUGAAACAAGCUGUAGAGAGCGGGACUGCGCUUGUGUUAGAAGAAGCUACUGAUCUUGACGCAGACGCAGUAUUUGCAAAAUCAGUCGCCUUUUCGAAUGUCGCUACACCGGGACCAGUUUUCCAGCACGGGUUGAGGAAAGAACCAGUGGUUAAGAAGCAGGAGAACCGAGUCUUCGGGUACCAAAACCUGGAGGCGAAGACGAGUGAUGUUGUUGUGGUUUCUGGGAAAAAAGAAGUUGCAGUGAGAGUGGAAAGAGAUGAGAAGAAGGAGAAGGAAGGAUUGAAGAAGAAAUUGGAUAGGUUUGAUGAAGAAGAUUACAGAGAAGUGAUACCUCAGGGAACACUGAAAUGUAAUGAAACCAAAAGAAUAGUAUAUGAUUAUGUCUCUGCUCAAUCUACUCCUCUGUACACAACCAACGACCUCUUCAAGCCAAGCUUAGCCAUCAUCACCGGAGUCUUCUCCAUCGUCUUCACCCUCACUUUUGUUCUCCUCGUCUACGCCAAAUGCUUCCACAACGAUCUUCGGUCAGAGAGCGACGGAGAAGGAGACGGAGGAAGACAAGAUCGUCUAUGGCAAGGACUCUUCAAUCGAUCUUCUCGGCUCUCCGGUCUCAACAAAACAGAAAUCGAGUCUCUUCCGUUUUUCAGAUUCUCUGCUUUGAAAGGAUCCAAACAAGGGCUUGAGUGCUCUGUUUGUUUGUCUAAAUUCGAAGAUGUUGAGAUCCUCAGGCUUUUGCCUCGAUGCAAACACGCUUUUCACAUCGGCUGUAUUGAUCAGUGGCUUGAGCAGCACGCCACGUGUCCUCUGUGUAGAAACAGAGUUUCCAUUGAAGACGAACUCUCUGCUUUGGGUUGUCGUAGUAGCAAUAGUCUGAGGCUCAUGGACGAAUCUCAGGCGAGAGAAGAAGACUCGAGCUUGGAGAUUUACAUCGAACGUGAAGAAGGAAUCAGUGAUGGGUCUUCCAGAUUCAGCAGUUUCCGCAAGAUUCUAAAGAUUGGUAAGAAGGAGAAAUCGUUGUCGCUUGAUGAACAAGGUAACGAGAAACACAUGCACAAGUUCAAUCACAGGAUCGUUGUUUCAGACGCCGUGUUUAAGAACCGUUGGAGUAAUGUGACUUCAUCGGAUUUGACGUUUUUGACAUCUGAGAUGUUGAAUUCGAAGUCAAGCGACAGAUUCUCGUCGAUGGAGCGAGUCUAUAGAGAAAAUGGAGGUAACUUGCGGGAAAAGGAAGAUAUGGAGAUGAAGAGAAUGUUUAAGAACAAAGACUCGACGAGAAGAGCGGUGUCUGAGAUCACGGCUGUUCCUAGACUCAGCGUUUUGCAAGUUACAAUAGCGGCUAGAGAAAACGCGGUUGGAGGGAGCGACAGCGUUUUAGCCGCUUCCACGUCGCAGAGUGAUUCGAUUGCUGCGACGGAGGAAAGAAGACGGCGGUUAUGGUUGCCGAUUGCGAGAAAAACGGCCCAAUGGUUUGUUAACAGAGAGAAAAGGAAUGAACUAAACACGUCACGGCGAAAUCUUAACAGAACUCCUUAA